UCAGCCUUCAACGUCAUCACGCAAACGUAGCUGCGCGGUGACGCGCUCCCAAACGACGCACGUUUGUUUUCGGUGGAGGCUGAAUGACAGCGCGCUGCUGAAGUUACUGAAAGUGAAGCGUCUCCGUACAGAAGAAGGUUUUACACUGUUGCACAGACGGAGAAACGGGGAUCAACAAAAUGUCUUCUGCUGAGCCCAUCAUCAGAUCGAAACAGACAGAGAAAGAAGUCAACGGGAUUCCUACGCAGGUCGUCUGUACAGAGUUCAGCAAUUACAUAUUUGUAGUUCUCACUCAGUACGGCAAAAUCGGAACACUGAUAUCUGUCACACCUGACUCCAGAUCCAAUGAUAUCAGCACCCCGACAUUAUCCACCAAAGUCCUGCUGGGCAAAGACGAGCCACUGACACAUGUCUGUGCCAAGAACCUGGCAAUGUUUGUGUCGCAAGAAGCCAGCAACAGGCCUGUCUUACUGGGACUGGCACUCAAGGAUUCCUCCGUAGAUGCAAUAAAACAAAUGAAAGAGAUCAUCAAAAGUUGUCAAGUCUGGUAGGAAGUCAACAAAAUGGACAUGAAGCCUUAAAGCUUGAUCAUGCACAGGCUGUCUGGAUGCCCACGUCACCUUUUUCUUCUGGAUCUUUUCAAACAAAACCCAGAGGCUUCUGCUCCAAGACAGAAAUGUAUCAGUCCAAUUUCAUUUACACUGAAACUUUUUGAUUUGUUGAUAGGAAGGGAUGUCUUCUGGAAAAUAUAUUUUACGCUCGAUCUGGUUGUAAACAAUAAUUUUCUGCAAAGCAGUGUGCUCCCCAAAACUGAAGACUUUGAUGAAUAAGAUGGAGCUUGCAAAAUGAUAUAGCUCCGCUCUGUUUUUGUUUUGUAUAACUUUAUAUUAUGUAAUACUUUUGUAUUUUAUAAUGCAAAUAUUCUAAAUUGUUUCAUAAAGAGAAUUUAGAAAUAAAACUGGUACGGUUUAAAAUGCGUCUUCUUCUG